AUGGAUCCUUUUGUGUACAAUGCAAACCCUGGGCGUGUUGUAUUUGGCCCAGGUAGUAUAAACAAAUUACCAGAAGAAAUCCAACGUCUGGGUCUCAAAUCACCUUUACUCCUGUCAACACCACAGCAGGUCGAUCAAGUCGAGGCUCUAGCCAAGAUCCUCAAGUCUGCCUCUAUCGAACCCGCCGGUAUCUAUUCAAAUGCUACCAUGCAUACCCCCUCGAAUGUCACCGAUGAAGCAUUAGCCUUUCUCCACUCCAAGUCUGCCGAUGUGGUUGUGUCAAUAGGAGGAGGUUCAACAACUGGUCUGGGAAAAGCAAUCUCUGUCCGAACGGGCCUUCCACAUAUUUGCAUACCCACAACGUAUGCCGGCAGUGAAAUGACACCUAUUCUGGGAGAAACGCAGGAUGGCCGCAAGACAACCAGAUCCGAUCCCAAAAUCCUUCCUGGGGUGGUCAUCUAUGAUGUUGAUCUGACCAUGACACUCCCGAGCUCUCUAAGUGCAACCUCCGGCGUCAAUGCCAUCGCUCAUGCCGUGGAAGCAUUAUACGCCCAGAACAAAAAUCCAAUCAUCUCUCUCCUAGCUCUCGAAGGCACCAAAUCCCUCGCCGAGUCCCUACCCGAAAUCAUCCAAGACCCUUCUUCUCAGUCUGCCCGUGAGAAGGCACAAUACGGGGCUUGGUUGUGCGGUGUCUGCCUAGGUAGUUCAGCCAUGGCAUUGCACCACAAACUCUGCCACACAUUGGGAGGCAGCUUCAACCUUCCACAUGCCGAGACACACACCAUCGUUCUACCCCACGCACUCUCAUACAACGCCCCCUCGAUCCCCGAUGCAAUGGCCAAGUUGGCCUCCGCUCUUCCAGAAAGCGACGGUGAUGCGACCAAAGGCCUGAAUAUCUUGUUGGGGAAAUUGAAGGUCAAGAGAGCCUUGAAGGACUACGGUAUGAAGGAGGAGGAUAUCGACAAGGCUGCAGAGAUUGCCGUGAGCAAUCAAUAUCCCAACCCGAGGAAAGUCGAGAAGGGGCCGAUCAGGGAACUGAUCAGGCGAGCCUGGGCUGGUGAGGAUGCAAGGGCUGAUCUAUAG